AAGACUGGCUUGUCUCAGUGGGUGGGGACGGUCAUUUGUCGGCUUUCUGGACACACAGAGACAGACAGGAUGGAUUUCCUCCGGCUCCAUCUCCCUGGGCUGCAUCAGGCCUUGAGGGGGGCAUUGGAUUCCCUCAGCACCUUUGUCUCCUACCUUAUGGGCGAUGAGGUCCCCACUGUAGAGAGGAGGGAGGCAAGGGCAGCUGAGGAACUGGGGGAGGUGGCUGCAGGAAGGCCAGAGGAGACUGAAGAGAAGGGAGCCCAGGAGGCCCUUGAGGGCCUCGGAGGCAGCCAAAGCAAGGAGGGUGGAGGGCUGAGAGAGCCUAGAGAGGCUGGAAGGUACCAGGAGGGAAGUUCAGCUACAAAACAGACCUGGGAUUGGGAAGAAGGCAGCUCCCAUCGGUCUCAAGCAAACAGGCAGCUCACUGGGGCCUGGGAAGCAGCCAGGGCUGCCAGGUGCCAGGAGCCAAGUGCCCACUUAGAGGCCAAAAAGACGUUUGAGGCAGGGUCUAAGGCUGGUCGAGGCAACGGCAGCCAAACCCAGGAGAGUCGAGGGCCCAAUGAGCAGGAAGUGAACAGAGAGGAGACACGGAGAACCUGGGAACAGGAGGAGGAGGCGGAAGAGAUCAGGGAAGGGAAACCAGGGGUGGCCGGAAAGGCGGAGUCAGAGUGGACCUGGCAGAGGGAGCCUGAGGGGAAGGUAGCAGGGGACAGCAGGGAGUCAUUAGAGCAGGUGUUCAAGGAGGCAGUUGCAGAGGAGAUCCAGGCGCCUAGGGCCAAAGAGACUGGGAAGGAAGGAGAGGUGAUGGUGGUCCUACGGGGUAGCCAAAGCACAAGGGUAGAGAAAACACGGGAGUCAGGGACAGAAUCUGAGGCUGGGACAACCUCAGGCAGGGAGGAGGAGGCCAGGACAGCCUCAGGCAGGGAGGAGGCAGAGACAACCUCAGGUGGAGAGGAGGAGGCCAGGACAACCUCAGGAAGGGAGGAGGAGGCAGAGACAACCUCAGGCGGGGAGGAGGAGGCUGGGACAACCUCAGGCAGGGAGGAGGAGGCCGGGACAACCUCAGGGGGAAAGGAGGAGGCUGGGACAGCCUCAGGCAGGGAGGCAGAGGCUGGGACAACCUCAGGGGGAGAGAAGGAAGCCGGGACAACCUCAGGCAGGGAGGAGGAGGCCGGGACAACCUCAGGCAGGGAGGAGGAGGCCGGGACAACCUCAGGCAGGGAGGAGGAGGCCGGGAUAACUUUAGGCAGGGCAGAGGCCGGGACAACCUCAGUUGGGAAGGAAGGUAACCUCUCGGGAGCCAGGGAGCCAGAAUAUGGGGGAGUAGUCUCCGGAGAAAGGAUCUCAGAGGGCACUGGGAGGACCUGGGCAAUAGAGGAGGCCACCAGGGAAGACCAGGAGGAGGAGGUGGAUGAGAAGAGAAAGGCUGAGAUGAGUGUUUCCCCCAAACAGAGCCAGGCUCUAGGAACUGAGGGUGUGGAGGAAGCAGUGAAGGACCAGCUGGCAGGGAGGGAGUCUGCAGGAGGCCAGGGGUCAGAGGGGGAGGGAGAAGGGUUUGAGGUCCAGGCAGAUCGGGACGGGGAAGAGGCCGAGGGGAGGCAAGCCUCGGUGAACAGGACUGUUGCCCUUGGUCUGGAGGAGGUGGUGCAGGCAGAGAAGGCCAAAGAGGAGGCAGAGAGUUGCUGGAUCGCCGAGGCUGAGUUGCCCAAGAACAAAGUGGCAAACGAGGCUGAAGGCGAUGCUGGCUUGGAGGCAACCCCGGAGGCCAGCCUUGAGAAGGAGUGCAGGGGGGAGAAGAGCGAGGGGGAGGCUCGGACAGGUGGAGAAGGGCUGGCGUUGGAGGGCAGUGGCCUUGAGCACGAGGUCACCGAAGGCCAGGACCCUGAGCUGAUGGCCGCCCCCCAGACCCCAACAGAGCAGCCUGAGGAAGGACUGGGGGAAGAGGAAGAGCCCCGGGGCAUUCCAGCCCUGAACAAAGAGGAGACAGAAAGGAGCCCGGAGGAAUACCCCAGAAACCUGGGGUAUGGAAAGCCUGGUGCCUCUGGGACUGAAGCCCAGAGGAGGGACUUGGAGGGAGGGGAUUCCCACAAAGAAAAAGCAGAUGCUGAAGAGGGGGAGGAGGAGGCUGUAGGAAGCCAGGCAUCAGAGGAGGCCGAGGAGGCCGAGGGAGGCCAAGAGUCUGCACUCCCAGAUGUCCUGGAGGCAGGUGGGGAGUGGAAGAAAGCCGAGGAAGCAGGGUGUGGAGCAGAGGAGGGAGAGGCCCGCGGAGCACAGAGCCAGGAGCCAGGUGGAAGGUUCAGUGCAGGGGCAGGGGCAGGUCGGGCACUGGGGGAGUCAGAUGCCCGAGACACCGAGGAUGAGGAGGCAGAGGCCACGGUGCCCUGCAGGGCAGACACGACAUCCAGCGGAGUCUGGGGGCUGGAGGAGGCGGCUCUGAGCCUCCAGGACAGCGAGGACAUAGGGGUCAGUUCUUUGGCCGCUGAGAUAGCGGGGGACAAGGCCGAUGGGAGGGCUGCUGUGCCUGGGGGAGGGCCCAAAAGAGAGGCUGGGGAAGCUUGGGAAUCAGAAGGGAGGCAGGAGGCUGGGGGAGGAGAGGAGCUGGUGGAGGCUGCGUGGGAAAAAACCCGAGGGGGGCCAGAGUUUGGCCUGGAGGGCUCAGCAGACAUGGAGGUAAAUAGCAGAGGGGGCCCAGAAGAGGCUUUUGAGGCCAGAGACGGUGAGCCCUGGGGAGAGUGCGCAGAGGUCAAGGAAUCUGCAGUGGCAGAGGGAAGCUGUGGGAUGGACAGCUUUACCUGGGGUUCCCAGGUGGCGAGGGCAGAGGGCGCCACGGCCACCACGGUAGAGGCUGAGGGGCUCCCAGGAGGGCAGACGCCGCCGUGGGAACAGGAGGCUGCUGCGGGAUGGCAGUUAAAGGAGCAGGGGCAAGGCGGUGAGGGGCAGCGUGUGGACCUCCACCCUGAGGAAGAGGCACAGAGGCCCCUUGACGUGGAGGGUGUUGAGGUGACUGAAGACCAGAGGGCAGAGGCCGAGGAGAUUGUUCCAGAAGGCCCGGAGGACAUCCAGGGCCAGGAGGACCAGUCAACAUACCAGGAGCCUGGGCCACGUGGGGAGACGGCAGCAAGUACCGGAGGGGAUGCUCACGGCAGCUGGAGUGAGGCCCUGCUUCCUGGGUCUCGCCUGGACGUCUCUGUCUCGCGGAGCCGUGUACUCCUGUCUCGAAGCUCCUCCCAGCGUCGCUCCCGGCCCUCUUUCCGACGGACCCCUGCCCCUGAGCGGCAGGAGGAGCCUCCCAGCCCCCCCCCUGAGGAAGAGCCGUCAGCCCCCGAGCAGAGACUUCUCCAGCCAGAGGAACCCCCGGAGGCAAGCCCCCCAAGGCCUGAAGGGACCCCACUGCCAGCCAGGAGAAGGCCCCUGGGACACGGGUUUGGCCUUGCCCACCUCGGCAUGAUGCAGGAACUGCAGGCCCGACUGGGCCGGCCCAAACCCCAGUGAGCGCCCCGAGCCCCUGGGAGCCGGGCCCUGAAUGAGCGUCAGAAGGAUCCACCAAAUCCUGCUCGGCCUAUCUCCCUCCGCCACUUUGGACACACCCUUUUCCACCCUCUGGGCCUUGGUUUCUUGCUGUGUCAAGCUUGGAGCAGACAGAGGCAGACAUCCUCGAGAAGUGUGAACUGGAGGAGUCUGACUGCAAUGUGGCUGAUGGACACGCCCCCCCAACCCCUGGCCCGCUGGGAGCGGGCCCCUCACGGCCCGUCCUGAUCACGCCUCCGGCGCAUCUCUGCUGUCUGCAGGACCGAGGGGACGGGACAGUUCUCCUCACGGCCUUCCCUCCCUGACCUCUCCGGUCCCCACCCAGGCCUCCAGAGGGCAGUGCAGUGGGAACCCAAAGCUCCGCGGGGUGGGCGCUAGCCCGGAGGAGAGGGGUCAGGAGGCCCUCUGGACCUCCAUCUGCAACCAGAGGUUGAUGGGAGAUGGAUCAGUGGCCUUGAGCUUUGAAAAACUCACGGCUCUGCAGGUUACUGUGGCAGCCACCAGCCCAGCAAGCCAGUCUGGGGGAAGGUGGGCCAGGAGCCCCAGAAAUUUAGGAGCAGAGAGGGGUCCAGGGUGGCCAGAGACUACAGACCCCCCCCCCCCCAGACCCUUUUGUCCUUUGGCGUCAGGCACCCCUUCUGGGAAAAGAAGCCGAGGCUGAGAGAGGAUGACAGUGCUUUAUUCGGCACCCCGCACGGUGGCCUAGCCCGGGGACAACUAGCCGGCUCUGAAACAAUAAAUAAACCAUCAUUUUCCUAAACAAUAAA